AUGAAACCGAUCGGAAACACCCCGAGCCGAGGAGAGCCUGGGCAGCAGCCACGCGGGAGGGCGCAACCUCCACCGCCAGCUGCGGUGACAGACCGGACGCAGCUACAGGAGCAAACCAGGCCCCUCUGGCCCGGCCGAGCCCACCGGGCUCGUGAAGCUCCCGUGGCCGCGCUGCAGUCCACGCGCCGCCGUCCAAGCCACCCUCAGCAAGAAACGCCCCACCAGCCGCCGGGAGCAGGCCUCGGGAAGCCAGACCUGGCCCGCCCAAGCCCAGAUGGGGCCCAGACAGGCCCAGAUCUGGGCCAGGGCUGCGCCGCCCGCGCCGCCGCUGAGCACCCUGCCGCCCCCGCCGCCAAGGGGCCGCGCCGUCGCCACCCAGGUCACCCAACGCCGCCGCCGCCGCCGGAACUCGCCUCACCGGAGCGCACCGCCCGCCCGGCACCGGGCGACCCCGCGUCGCCCGCCUCGCGCGCGGGUAGGAGCAUGUCCGCCGCCCGCCGGCACCGCACGGGACUUUGCCCGGCGGCCUGCGCCGACGGCGGCGAAGGGGAGGAGAGGGAGGAGCGGAACCUGGCGGCGCGGGGGUUAGGUUGUUCGCCCGACUCCGCCCGCGGGGGACGGAGCGGAGCUAAGCGUUUUUUCUGUAGGAUGCUACUUCAUCUAAUUUCCAUCUGGCCCACGACCCCUCUCCUUUGGAUCCUUCUGCUAGGUCAUCUGCCCGUCAUCGAGUUGCCUUUGGGCUGCAGUUUUGGUGCGGUGGAGGUUUGA